GCCGUUAGCCAGGGACUAGCAGGCCACGACUCGGGAGAGCGGACACUCGGCACAUGGCCCUGAGCGUGGGAUCAUGCGCCCUCCUUCUGUGUACCCUGUGGUCCGGCUCUUACGUUCCGGGGGGAUGCUCCGUGCCGGGGAGAGUCUUCCCCGACGUGGUCUUGCGUUGCCCGUUCGAGGAGAAGGAGUUGUCGGUGGACGUCGGGAACGUCAGGGUGCGGUGGGACCGCGAGAACCGGACGCUGGUCGAGGUGUCUGACGGGAGGAUCGUCGUUUCUGAUCCUCGGGUCUCGAUGUCGAUGGAUGAACUGGGAAAGGGAAAGGCGCCGGUAACCCUGAGCAACCUCACCGUGACGGACAGCGGCACCUACAACUGCACAGUGCAGUACGCCGGCCUCAGGGUGCUCUUUCAGUACAUGGUGGAGGUUAAAGAAAAUAAAAUCAAGGUCCACCACAUAAAGUCUCGCAGCCGGAAGCAGUUUGUCCUAAGCCCGGCUUUCUCUGAAGAGCGUCCUGGGGGGGGUACAGGCUCCAUGGGUGGCCCCCGGCCCCCGGUCAUUGCCGCCAGUCUGGGAAGUAACGUGACGCUGCCGUGUCACGUGAACCUGGCGCCCUCCGUGCACCUGGGAGGGGUGACCAUCAGGUGGACCAAAGACGGCCAUGCGCUGAAAGCCUUCCUGAACGCCACGUGCUGCGGGAAUCAGUACUCGCAGAUCGACGAAUCGGAUCUCCGGCGGCAAAUGGCACCGUUACGAUUGGUCAACGUCACCCCAGAGGAUUCUGGGACGUAUAACUGUUAUAUAAAGCACGAGUCCGAGGAAACCAGCAGCAAUGUUACUCUGGAGGUAAAAGCACCGACCCGCACUGGCUUUCUAAGGUCUAGAACAUGGACCGAAGAACACAGAGUCCUAAAGAUUGCCAUGGUGGCCGGCGUGACGGUUUCGGGUGCCUGCCUGGCUGCAAUCCUAUACUUCUGCUACGCGGCAUAAUGUCUCUUCCCGCCAUGCUUGGCAGCCGUGGGCAUCUCGCCAACGCAAGACUCCGGGGGACCAAUGGCUCUUGACGUUAUAGAAACCGGUAUUUUAUCACGGUGACCCUGCCGGUGACGUGAACGGAAGCUCCAAUCCCAGGGCCUGGUGGGUGGUCCGCUCUAUCCAUCUCUCCCUCCAUCCAUCCAUCUCUCCCUCCCUCCCUCCAUCCAUCCAUCUCUCCCUCCCUCCCUCCCUCCAUCCAUCCAUCCAUCCAUCCAUCUCAUCCAUUCAUUUUUGCCCCCAUUUAUUGCCCCGCGAGCCGCGUGACACCUGCCACACGGGGGUGAGAAUAUGGGGCAUAAAUCGAGACUUGUUAAAAAUCGAUUGGUUUUGGAGAAAGUGUUUAGAAAUAUAAUUAAAUAUUCGACAUUC